GUGGAAAGUAAAUAGAAAACAGUUGGUUUGCGGCUCUGGAAGUUAAAACUUGGUUUGGCCAUUUUGGGCGAAAACUGUGUUAAUGAAUAAAACCAAAUAAAACUUGUGUAACUUAAUUUCUGUGUUGUUGACAUCCCUUAACCAGCCUCAUUUGUAUUGCUAGCAGCCAACGGCGUAGAACCGCUACGCAUCACGAAACCUCCAAAAACGACAUCAUCUCACAUCAAAACCAGCGCCGAUCCCAAAAUCAACCACCAUAAUCGACCGGCCCCAAGUGAGUAGAUCGCCCCGAUAGAUCGCCACGUACCAUCGCACAGCAGCACCGGCACUGGCACUGGCACCGUGACCAUCAGCACGAGGUUGCCGAAAGGUAAAAAUUCAAAAGAGUCUGCCUUACCGUUCACCGUGAAUCGGAGAUUAAGCGUACAGUGAAAGAAGAAGGAAAAACUCGCUACCAAGACAGAGCAGCCAGAGUGCGAGCUUCCAAGUUGGGAAGCGAUCGUCGACGAUCGCCACCAUCACAUCGUUGCAGAACACCAGCCGUGGCGGUUCGUCAUCGUCGAAGAACGAUCAUCGUCAGCGCAGUCAGUGUGGAUCUUCUCCCCCCCCCCCCCCCCCCCUACGAAGCAUACAGGUGUUAUACAGGUGGACCCCGAGUGUGAACGUGCGCGCGUCGACUCAGUACGGCACUGCUGACCAAAACGGUUUUAUUUAUUUCGUGGUUACGUACGGUGCACCGUUAAAACAACAGUUUCGUUUCCGGAAUUUCGACUUGUCAGUGACCUAGAGUCGUGCAAGGUUGACAAAACUCGGUCGUGUCGUUGUCGUGGUCCGUCGGUGUGGUUGACAGAGUGAAGUGACACAGUUUGAAUUUGAAGGAUUUGAAGGUUUUUGGGUUUCCUGCUGAACGAUGGCUUUGCUGCUGUUUGCGGGUAUCGCGGUGGUGGUUCUAUUCUCGAUUUUCUACUUUAUGAAAUCGUCGAAAGAAAUGCCGAAAAACUUUUCCCAGCUUGUGGCGGAGAUUAAGGUGCAGCAGGUUGGAUUUCUCGGUAUCGUGGAGGACAUUGUGCUGCGCGGUGCGAACAGAGUCGAACUGUACAAACAACCGGGAAAAAUUGCGCUCGUCACCGGUGGAAACCGAGGCAUCGGGUUGCGGAUCGUGCAAAAGCUCGUCGAAUGUGACAUCGAGGUGAUACUGGGCGUUCGCAAUCCGGAAGCAUCGAAAAAGGCCGUCGAAAAGUUCCUGGAAGAGAACAACGCACUGACCGGUGCGAAACUGCACUACGAACAGUUAGACAUUGGCAGCAUGAAAUCGGUGCGAGCGUUCGCGACCCGCAUCCAGGCUAAGUUUGAUAAAAUUCACCUUCUCUUCAAUAACGCCGGCGUGAUGGGAGUUCCGUAUAAACUUACCGAAGAGGGUUUCGAAUCACACAUGGCGAUUAACUAUUACGGUCACUUUUUGCUGACGCAUCUGCUGCUGCCACAGUUGCGAGCUGCCGGAACGCCAGAGUGUGCGGCUCGGAUUGUCAACGUGUCGUCCUGUGUCAACAAAAUCGGAGACAUCAAGUAUGGAGACAUCAACCGAACCAAAGACUACUACCCAGCGGAGGCGUACAACCAGAGCAAGCUGGUUCAGGUCCUGUUCGCGAAGCACACCAAUCUGCAGUUCGAGGAAGAUAACGUUCCGAUCCGGUCGUACGCCGUGCACCCGGGAGUUGUCAAUACGGAUUUGUUCGAGCAUUCAAGCACCACCUAUAUCCCGUGGGUCCGGCAGAUGCUAUUUAAGAACCCCGAGCAGGGAUCACGCACCAUCGUGUACGCCGGCAUCGCCCCGGAACUGGAAAGCAAGGCUGGCACGUACCUGAGCAAUUGUCGUGUGAUGACCUGCCAUCGCUUCUGGAAGAACUCGGUCCAGUGUGACAAGCUGUUCCGCUUCACCUGUGAUACGCUAGGAAUUAAGGAUUUCUUCCACAAGGAGUCCACCAAGUAGAGCUAGAACUAGCUAGAACACACGACAGGCUUUUUCCUCUUUCUAACAUUCCACUUCCAUCGAUGGGACUCUAAAGUGCAUUUAGGUUUAGAAGCAACGUGCUGCUGUGAAGGACUUGUUCUAUUGUACGGUUGCUGCUGCUGUUGUUACCGCCUUCGAACCGUUCGUUCGUUCGAUGCAAAGCAGGAAAAGAAUAAUAUUACAUCACAUUCAAUUAUUACGAUUUCCAUUAGCAUAGGGACAUAAAUGACUUCCGGAUUAUGUUAAAAGCAUUUCAUCAUCUUUCGUACUUCAACGUUUUUAUCCGUCCGUUUGCCGUACGACGUCGAUAGACGAGUAUAGGAUGCUAGGAUCACUAUUACUACCAGUUAAUAAAAAUACAAUCGGAACCGGUUGGUAUAGGUUAAUGGAGUUUCCUCU